AUGAAGUCGAUCCUAAGCACCUUCCCGUCCCGACUCGACGCGCGGGUAGAAGGAGCCUUUGGAUCGGUUUACAAUCUGCUGGAGAUCCGUGGCAUCUCUCUGACCGGCCGCAGGCAGCCUUUCUCGGAGCUUUUCCUGAAGCGGCUGAGAAACGUGAAACAGCCAAGCUCACCUGCCGGUGGUGAUACGGGUAAGAUUGGAAAGGGUUUGGUCACUUUAUCUGAGAUAAUGGCUGAGAAAAGUAGGAAAGAUCAGCAAUGCAGUGGACUGAGACAGCUCUUGCAGGAUGUCAACAGGCAGCCCUUGGAGUAUCUUGUACUGUCACUGAGAAAAGUGACACCGCUAAGCUCACCUGACAGAAGUGAUAUGGAGAUCAACGGUGAUGCGGAGCAACUAUCCGAAUGCCAUGCCGAUUUGGUAUGGACUUCUACAAAAAUGGAUCCCUGCAGCAGCGAUUUUUGGCGGCAAAGGCGCUUACUCUGUAAGAAGCUUGGAACCAAGGCUGCAAGUGUUGAACUUCUGGUCACAAAGAAUCAUCUGUAUAUGGAUGAGAAGAACGAGCUUGUUUGGUUCCAUAGGAAGUGGGUUCUUGAUACAUUUGGAGGGUGGGAAAAUGAACUUGAGUUUUGCAAUGGACUCCUUCAAAGGGACAUUUAUAAUGAGCGCGCUUGGGCUCAGAGAUUCUUUGUCAUACUCAGAUGCAAAACAGAGAUUGCAGAAAUUGACUAUGCGUUAGACGCCAUAGUAAAAGACCCAGAAAAUGAGUACCCUUGGAGGAUGAACAUUACUAUGCACAGUAAAAUGUAUUUAUGUGCUAUGGAGGCGCUUAUUCAUUUAGUCCUCUUAGGCUACAGCCCCUCAAAACCGGUCCAAGAUGCAUUGGCUCAUAUUUGUCCUACCACUGAAAAAAAAUCCACACCUGUAGAGCAGAUUCGUUAUAUAUUGGAAUGCACGAAUGAGUGGAGUAGAGCGCUCUAUCAUGGACAUUACCGGAAGAUCAAGCUGACAUACGCAGCGGCGAGCAACAGUGGUGGGAUGAUAUGUGGGUUCGAGUGGCGGCUAUAUGUGCGACAGCCAGUUGCUCCGCCACCACCUCCGCCGCCCCUUACUCGGAAACAAUAUUGA